AUGCGGAAAUUGAAAGGCAAAGUAAAGGUAAACGGUGACGUAGCAUAUGUCCCACAGCUGAGCUGGAUCAUCAACCAAACACUUCGUGAGAACGUUUUGUUUGCAAGGCAAUAUGAAAAAGACGACUACGACAUUGUUAUUGAUGCAUGUGCCCUCGGUCCCGAUAUUGACUCCUUGCAAAAUGGCGAUCUAACAGAAAUCGGUGAAAAGGUGAAUUCUAUUUAA